UGUCUAUAUGCCUGUCUGAAGUUCUGCGCCUGCGUUCAAUCGCAACGUAACGCCCAUGCACGCACGUGUUGUGUUGCGAAAGGCGCUUGUAAAUACAUAACAUAACCUUCAAAGUUUGAAACGUUUCUUAAGAAGUAAGUGCUAAAAUUAAUUCUAAUGCUGAAUUGGUAUUACGACAAAACGGAGUUAAGAAACACUCCGUCUGCUAGCAACGACAUUACCUAUGAAACGGAACUUGAAUACAGGAGAGAAGGAAUUUGUCUGAUUAUGGAUGGAGGGAAGAAGUUAAAAUUAGGUUCAAAUACCAUUGCAACAAGCGCCAUAUAUUUUCACAGAUUCUACAUGUUUCAUUCUUUCGUGAAUUUCUCUCAAUAUACAAUUAGCUGUACGUGCCUUUUUCUUGCUAGUAAAAUAGACGAAACCCCAAGAAGAUUAAAAGAUGUAAUUAACAUCUAUCAUGGCAUGUUAAAUACUACUCAAUAUAUGAAAUUCGGAAGUGAUCCUGAGCAAAAGGUAAUUACAUUAGAAAGUAUUUUGUUAGAAACGCUGCAGUUUGAUUUUGAUGUUGACCACCCGUACGAUUUCUUACCACAAUUUUCUCAAUGCUUCAUUGCGCCUCAAGAGGAAAUAGAUGCGGUGGUCAAGGCAGCCCAAGAUUUUACUGACGACAGCCUUUAUACCACUAUCGCAUUGCAGUGGGAACCAGAAAUUGUGGCAGUUGCACUUCUGCAUUUAUCAGCGCAGCUUAGAGAAUUGGAUGUUGCGGAUUGGAAUGGUCGAUCUGCUCAACAUGAAAAUUGGUGGGAUUUGUUUGUAGAGGAUAUAAUGGUUGAAUUAUUAGACGAUAUUGCUCAUCAGGUUUUAGAUCUAUAUUCCUUGCCGAUUUCCGAACGUUUACAUCUUUCCAACGUGCCAUUUUCAAACGGAUCUCAUUUAGAGAAACUCGACACAACAGUGACCUAACCAUACAUUAGGACAGCCACAGAAGGCAAUUGAAUUGUCGAUUCAUCACAAUCGAGACCAAGCUAGAAUGAACUCUAACUGGAAUAUAACAUGUUUCUGAAUAUAUAUGGGACAAUACAGAAUUUGAAACCAACGGCAUAGCAGAGGAGCAGAGGAAAUUAUGUAUAGCUGCCCUCCUACUUAAAUUUCAACGAAACUUGGCAUAAAAUGGGAUUAUUUGUUUCGAUUGCUUGAAAUCAGGAAACAGGGAUGUAAACUUCAAAACUAUGGACAAACCCAUGGGAAGAACAAGGAAUUAUCCCAAAUGAUGUAGGAUUUUGCCUACCUAUCUCAUUCUACAGUUCCUAAACCAUAUGCUGCAUGUGUCCGCAUCCAAAGGUUGACCUUGGACAAAGAUUCUCUACACUAGAAGCCCAUCAAAGACAGUUCCAGUCUGUCAAUAAGGUCGAGAUCAAAUUACAGUUCAGUUAUUGAAGCCUUUCAUCCAGUUUCGAAAGCGUUUGUUAGAAGAGACGGCGGAGUCAGUUUGCCAGUUUCGAGGCCGAAUACGUUUAUGUGAUUGAGAAAAGUGUGUCAUAUGCUUGUCAAUUAGUAAAAAGGAAGCAGUAGGACCAAAUUUGUACGUGUGACGGUUCAUCGAGUGUUCGUGUUUUCAGUUAGUUUAAUUAGUGAUUUUGGAUGUACGAAUCUUAUUCGGAUAUUUUUGUCUCGAAAAAGAAAACUUAAAUACCUACGUGGAGUAAUCAUGUUAUGUCUCAUGUGUCUUUGGUUAUGAAGCCGGAAAUACUUUGCAAAUUUCAUGAGAAAUCACUAAACAACAUCAAGGUACAUAAUGGCAAAUAUUUGACCUUGUCUGUUUACAAUACAGUUAAAUUUUUAGGAAUGUCAAAAGAUAAAUCUGCAAUAAUAUAAGCGACUGCAGCCCACAAAGCAGUUCCUUUAUCUAACGGCUCUGGCUCUUCAACGUCCAUGGUGUCGGCAGCCGAAUGGUGAUACCAGAAAUACCGUUCAUUUGCAUUAUCCAGUGAAGCGCCAGGAACUCCUUGGUUAAGCCAUGGAGUUAAAUCGGGGCCUCCAUCUGCUGGAGUUAAAACUUUGGUCGUAUUCAGUUCACGCAACAAACUAAAACAUUAAAAAACUAUCAAAGCACAACAGGUGCAUUCAUUCUACUUAAGUAUCUCUUGUAUUAUACAUCCAACGAUGGGCAAUCCGCUGUACUUUAGCCCAAGAGGUGUAAAAGUUCCUAUAUCAGAUUCCAUUACAAAGUUUAAAUUUUUUGUCUCAUUGCUAUGUUCUUUAGCAUAAGCAAACGCACCAAUAUAACCUUCCUCUUCACCUGUCCAUAAAAUUGUGCUAAAAAUGUGCAACAGUUCAAACCAUGCUUGUUGGCAGAUGGCUGCACCUUACCGUAUUGUUCGUUUGGCUCUAAAUCCCAUCGCUUUUAAAAUUGCUAAAGCAGUCCAAGAGAUAAAUGCGCCACCUCCGUCAUCCAUAGCACCCUCGCCGACAUCCCAACUAUCGAUGUGUCCAGAAAUGACCACAACUUUAUCAGGAUGAGUUGUGCCCUUAAUUUCAGCUACUACAUUUCUAGAUAUUGCUGGUGGUAAAAAGUGUGCUUCCAUCUUCAGUUUAAUGUAGAUUGUCUUCCCCCGUUUAUACAUUCCAUGAAGCAUAUUUGCGUCCUCUCUUGUAAUGCAUGCCGUUGGUAUUUUGGUAAUAUUGUCAGCAUAAGCUUGCCAACCAGUAUGAGGUGUUGCCAAAGAGAAUGGCGUUAUGGAUUCAAUUAAGGUGGCAACUGCACCAUACUUUGCAGCCAUUGAUGCUCCAUCUCUCCUGUAAAUUACCGACUCGCCAUAUGACGUGUAUUUCUGAUUAUAGACAACAAUUUUUCCUUUUACCUAGAAGUAAGUUGUAAAGGUGUUUGUUUCAACAUGCACUUUUAAAUUCUUACUUUUGACGAUAUCUUUUUCAGCUCUUCAAAUGAUGAUACAACUACCGCUUUAGCCAAAAUACCUUCAGGUGGUGUACCUACACUGCUCCCUAAGCCCAACAUGGGGAGAUUCUUGACCCUUGGGUGCAGUAAUGUUGCUGAUUCUUCACCCCUUUACAAAAUAAAAGGUACCUAAUGUAGUUAGUUUUUUAUUUGAAAACUUGGAGUAUCAUUUGUGAUUCGGAGCAAUACUAUUUUUUAAACUUCUAGGUGAGCAAUAAAACCUUAAUGAAAAA